AUGCCAAGCGGAUCAUCGACGACUACUAGUAACAGACCAGUCUCCUCUACCAUCAAAUCUUCAACUACUCCAAGAGUUACCACAUCCUCACAUCCAUUGUCUAGCACGAGUCUCGGUUUCUCCUUUACCAGACCAACAUCACUUGACUCCCUCGCCUUGAGUUACUACACUCAGAUCACCUCAGGCAUCAGUUACAACAGCCAAGGCACAAUUGUCGGUCAUCUCAAACAAGCCACGCUCACUUCAUCUGUACCAGCUGUGACUGCAGAUCCGAUGGAUCGUUCCGCUCAGCCGUCUUUGCAGUCUCAGCUGCAGAGUGCCGGACUACCUUCUUUCGAUGCGACAGUUUCAGAUGUCACAGCGGCGAUGGAUAGUGCUCUGAUGGGCAAUGUCUCCACGGGCGAUACUGGUGUGUUUGGGGAUCCAGAUGAUUCUGAUUCCGAUCCCAAUCUGAACCAGACCCUUUCGCGCCAUCGCUUUGCUAAGCGUGACUGGCUCGAUGACCUUUCGAAUGGUUUCGACACAGUCGUCUGUAAUGACAUUGUUACUUCGUUGUCCGAGACCGUCGAAGGUGUUUGUGGUAUCAAGGCUGGUGCGGAGGCAGUUUACUGUCUUGCUACCGGUUGUUACAAAACAGCUGCUCCACCUGCUCAGUAUACUUUCGACAACACGUACAGUCUCAAUCUACCAUCAUUCCACGGCAAUGGUCAUGUAUACCAAGACGCUACAAGCACUCUGGUAUGUAACGACUGUGGCAUGUCUGUCUCGAAUCUGAGAAUCAAAGGAACGAUUGUCAUCGAUCUCCAAUCUGGAAAACUCCUACCUUCUGAGAUGACGCUUAGUCAGGACUCGGUUCAAAGAUUUGACAUGGCUGUCUACACUACUGGUGCAGCUAGCGGAUCUUGGUCAUACGUCAUGUCCACAUACACCCUACAGUCGAUCACUGCAACUGGUGUGUUCACCAUCUCGUAA